CUGUGGCGUAGAGCGGCGGUGGGCGGGUCUGACGUGAGGUGUAAGGAGCCAAUGGGAUUCGUCGGCCGGCUGCUGUCGCCUGGCGUGUUUUGGCGAUGGGGUUGCAGGCGGUGUGCAGGCUCAUGUCGAGGUUUAAUUCUGCCAGAAGGACUGAUAUCAUUCUGCAACACUUGCAGAGAAUGACCAAGCACACAGAUGCAGCAGCAGAAGUGCUACUGGAAAAAAGAGGUUGUGCUGGAGUGAUCACAUUGAACAGACCAAAAUUCCUGAAUGCUCUGAAUCUUAGCAUGAUCCGGCAGAUUUAUCCACAGCUAAAGAAAUGGGAACAAGAUCCUGAAACGUUCCUGAUCAUUAUAAAGGGAACCGGAGAAAAAGCUUUCUGUGCUGGAGGUGAUAUUAGAGCUGUCUCAGAAGCUGGAAAGGCAAAACAGCAAUUAGCUAAAGACUUCUUCAGAGAAGAGUAUAUACUGAACAAUGCGAUAGAUUCUUGCAAGAAACCAUAUGUUGCAUUUAUUCAUGGAAUUACAAUGGGUGGGGGCGUUGGUCUCUCAGUUCAUGGGCAAUUCCGAGUGGCUACUGAAAAGUCUCUUUUUGCCAUGCCAGAAACAGCAAUAGGAUUAUUCCCUGAUGUGGGUGGAGGUUAUUUCUUGCCACGACUUCAAGGAAAACUCGGUUACUUCCUUGCAUUAACGGGAUUCAGGCUAAAAGGAAGAGAUGUCUUAAAAGCAGGAAUCGCUACACACUUUGUAGAUUUUGAAAAGCUGGGUAAGUUAGAGGAAGAUUUGUUAGCCCUGAAAUCUCCUUCUAAAGAAAAUAUUGCGGGUGUCUUAGAAACAUACCAUUCGAAGUCCAAAAUUGAUCAAGACAAGCCUUUUAUACUUGAAGAACACAUGGACAAAAUAAACAGUUGUUUUUCGGCCAAUACUGUGGAACAAGUUAUUGAAAACUUACGAAAAGAUGGUUCGCCUUUUGCCUUAGAGCAGUUGAAGGUAAUUAAUAAAAUGUCUCCAACAUCACUAAAGAUCACACUGAGGCAACUCAUAGAGGGGUCUUCGAAGACCUUGCAAGAAGUAUUAACAAUGGAAUAUCGGCUGAGUCAAGCUUGUAUGGGAGGCCAUGACUUUCACGAAGGGGUUAGAGCAGUGUUAAUAGAUAAAGACCAAAGUCCAAAGUGGAAACCAGCUGAUCUAAAAGAAGUUACUGAUGAAGAUUUGAAACAUCUUUUUAAAUCUCUGGGAAGCAAUGAUUUAAAAUUUUAAGGUCACACCCAGUGAUGCACAGGGGUUCCUCCUGGCUCUGCACUCAGAAAUUAGCCCCUGACGGUGCUCAGGGGACCAUAUGGAAUGCUGGGAAUCGCACCCAGGUCGGCCGCGUGUAAGGCAAACACCCUACCCGCUGUACUAUCACUCCAGCCCGUCCUGGCAUUCUUGAGGAGAAAGAUACAGUGGCCGGGCACAGCUCAGCCUAGUGAAGGAAGAUGCCACCUUGCCCCUUCCUCCAGCUGCAAACACUGGAAAUCUGGUUUUAGAGUGCUGCUUCCGACGAAGCCUGACCUGAGUGCCAUUGCUUGGGCCCUCCUAUUCCUACACUUUUACAUAAUAAUUUGGCCACUGGUUUUUGGUUAGUUUUGGUGGGUUCCCCUGCCCCUCCAUGGUAAAAACAGCUUUAUUUGUGGCAGUUACAGUAUUUAUAAUAAAUGCUGAUCCCCCAAAACUCCACUAGUCCGCUGAACCAGCUGAUUGCUGGGAUAUCAACUGAAGCUAAUCCCACUUCUUGGGAUGGAAGCCAUGAACAGGUUGUUGUAUGGUACAAGCUGUUCCACCAACUGUAAGAAUCUCUCCAGAGGGGCGCAGCCUCCCCAGCUUGUAGAUGCACUGGCAGUUUGUUAACAUCCUCGGAGAGCCUUUGUGGCCCUGGAACUUCAUUGCCGGUGUGAAGCAGUACUUAUGUUCCUCUGGACAUUCUGACAAAGCGCCAGCAAAGUUCGCAGCAUCUUGGCUCAGUUCCUGCUCAAGAUUGUGACAGCCAAACAGAUCCGGCCACUCACUGCUCUGAUCUCCUCUGUGGUUUCAGUUAGAGCCAGUAUUUUUUUUUCUUUCUAGUAGCUAACAAUUCUUUCAGUCUUUUGUUUACACCUCAGCUUCCUUCCAAACAGCCUCUGUAUUCUGACAAUGUUCACCAAAGACAUUCAGAAGAAGCCAGUAUUUAAGGUAUUGAAAUAAAAGUGUCCUAUCAAAGAUGUCCCCAUACCACAGUCUAUAAUCAGCCCUUGUAUCUGCAGGGGAUAAGCUCCAGUCCCACCCCCGAGAUACCAGAACCCAAAGAUGCUCAAGUUCUUUUUGUAAAAUGUGCAAUACUUUAAAUCAUCUCUAGAUUACUUGCACCUAUUACUCUUUUAGUGCUUUGUAACUAGUUGUUACACUAUAUUGUUUAGGAAAAAAGACCAAAAAUGUCUGUAUAUGUCCAGAAAAAAAGCCUGACUACAUUCUUUCUUUCCCAUGCACACAUACCGUCUGACUCCACACCCCAGGGAAUGGUGAUUGGGAAGGAUAGAUACAGAGGAUUGUGUAUCUUGUUAACUGUCACAUGCAGUACAGGUUGUGUAUCCAGCUCUUUCUUCUUCCCAGCUUGGUUUAUCUGCUAAUUCACUGUUUAUGAGUCUUGUAGUUCUUGGUCCAUGGUUUGAUGUAUAACAUAGCUUUUAUUACCAAGAUAAAGCCCUAUAUGUUCUAUCAUACUCUACUAAAUGACCCAGGGACGCCAGGGUAGUGCUUGAUAACAAAACUACCAGCCAGUGUCAGAGAGGGAACAGAGAUUAGACUUCUAGCUAUAUAUGGGUCUGGCAGAAAUCCCUGUUAUAUUCCUGGGAAAUAGGGCCCCAGAGCAAAGGAGGAACCUGAGGUUAAAAUAAUUUAGACUUAACCAAAUGCCACCAAUCUACAAUUCUAUGUGUGCUAAAAAAAUAAAGCUGCUGACAUGCUACUUUAUAUGGCUUUUCAGUUCUUGCCAUGAUAUUUUUUAUAUAUAUACAUAUAUAAUUAAAUCUUUUAUUUUUCUUAUGGGGGGUGGGCCACACCCAGUAGUGCUCCUGAGUGACCCCUGGUGGUACUUUAAGGAACCAGAUGGGUGUUGACUGAAUGCAGUCAGCAGGUGCCCUAACUUAUACUUCUUCAGUCCUAAUUAAAUUCUUAAAACAGCAAAUUACUUGUUUAAAAAAAUGUCCUGAUGUCUGAUAUAAAAUUGAUAAAAUAUGACUAGGGCUUUGAGUUACUAGGUUAAGUUUUAUUUAAACCCCCCCUUU